CGCUUUUGCAAGCUCUCAUUCAUCUGUCUCCUUUUUUAACCAUCUGCAAUAGCAUCUGCUAUUCUUUAACAAAAAUUAAGGACUGUUUUAAGUUUGAUUUUCGUAAAAUGAAUCCGGAUGGUAUCCAGUUGGUGUAAUACAGAACGUUCUGCUUAUGUACUAUAGGCUGACAGCUGUGAUUUGGAUCGCAAGUUGUUUAAAUCAAACACAACACUCAGGCAUCUUCCUAACCGAUUUACUGCUGCAACAUUGACAGGUUAAAGCAUCACUUUCACUCAUAACCGCUCUCUCGGAGCUUGUUUCUGUGGCUCUUUCUAAGUAUAGCUUGCUCAUGGACACUUCCCGUUCAAGAAGACACUUGAUGCUUUCAGCACCCAGCAGAUCACGAUUCAGCAUUCCUUAUCCCCUGCUGAAAGGGUCGAUAAAUUGCAGCAAAGUUUAUCUGUCAAAGAUCUCAUUGUCGUCAUAUGCACAACUGUGUCUUUUUCCUCAGUGUCUGAUGUGUGUUAUUGACAGUUGUCACAUUAGCUCAAAGAGGCUGGAGUGGCGAGAGCGCAGGGCCAGAGAAGCCAGUCUGGAACAUGGAGGUUAUAAGGGUCGGGUGGACCCGGUCUGGGAGACGGAGAGGGAGAAAGACGGGAACCAUUGCAGCCAGUCGUCUGCACAUAGAGGACGUAGUCGACGCAGCAGCAGAGAGCACCAACGAUCACGCCACCGCAGUCCCUGCUCAGACUCGAGAAGUCAUCGCAGGAAAAGAACCAAGAGUAUUGAGGAUGAUGAGGAGGGUCACCUGGUCUAUCACAAUGGAGACAUGCUAAGAGCAAGAUAUGAGAUUGUAGGGACUCUGGGCGAAGGAGCCUUUGGAAAAGUGGUGGAGUGCCUCGACCAUUCAAAAAGUAAUGAAAAAAUGGCGCUGAAGAUCAUCAAAAAUAUUGAGCGCUACCGUGAGGCAGCCAUGUCAGAAGUUGACGUGCUUGAGCGGAUAAACUCGGUUGAUGAAGAAAAGAGAUUUGCUUGUGUCCGGAUGCUAGACUGGUUCGAUCACCACGGCCACAUCUGCAUAGUGUUUGAGCUGCUGGGACUGAGCACAUAUGACUUCCUGAAGGAGAAUGGAUUUAUGCCCUUCUCACUGACCCAGAUCAGGUGCAUGGCAGACCAGAUAUUUAGAGCUGUGCACUUUCUGCAUCUAAAUAAGUUGACGCACACCGACCUUAAGCCUGAAAACAUUCUAUUUGUGGACUCAAACUACAACAUUAAAUACAACUCCAAGAUGAAGCGAGAUGAGAGGACCUUGAAGAGGUUGGAUGUGAAAGUUGUGGACUUUGGCAAUGCUACCUAUGACCACGAGCAUCAUACCUCUUUGGUGUCAACCCGCCACUACAGAGCUCCAGAAGUUAUAUUAGAACUGGGCUGGAACCAGGCAUGUGACGUGUGGAGUUUGGGCUGUAUCCUGAUUGAGUUCUAUCUGGGGUUAACGUUAUUUCAGACUCACGACAGUAAAGAGCAUCUGGCAAUGAUGGAGAGGGUUCUAGGCCCCAUACCUGCACACCUACUCCAGAAAACCAGGAAACGGCGUUAUGUGCAUCAUGACAAAUUGGACUGGGAUGAGCACAGCUCAGCAGGGAGAUACGUGAGGAAACACUGUAAACCUCUAAAGCAAUACAUGUCCUGUAAAACCCCGGAGCACGAGCUGCUUUUUGACCUGCUGCAGAAGAUGAUGGAGUAUGAUUCAUCCAAACGAAUCACCCUGGAGCAGGCUAUCGGACAUCCCUUUUUCAACCUGUUAAGAAAAGAAAGAAAGUGACUUGGAGGCGACACAAAAUGAACAAUACUGCUCCCAGGGAGACUGCUGCUGACUGUAUCAGUCUGCUUUAAGACUGCCUGCUUCAUUACCUCUGUCCAUAUUUAUUGUCAAUUUGAUUAUAUGGGCCAAAUUCCUCUGUACUUUUGGCAAAUUAAACUUGAAUGCUCUGAAUGCACAACAUUUGUGUCUUUAUUUU